AUGGCACCCACAAUUUGGAGCGAGGUUGGCAUCGGUCAGCCUCCAAAGGAGAUCAGGCGAAUCGCCUGGUUGAUGUCCUUCUUCGUCUUGCUCGACGCCUCCAAAGGUUUGCUAGUGUCUUGGUCUGCUGUUCAUAGUUGCGAAGCCCUGGUGCCCCUCGCAUUGUGCGGGAAGAACAUGCUUUCUGUGAUCUUUGGCCUUUGGUUGGGCCUGCUCUUAGAGGGUCGUCGUGGUCUGAGGCGCUGCUUGCAACUGCGGCGAAACGUUUGGAUGUUUCCUGUUGCUGCGUGUUUUUGUGCCGCGCAGAUGGCUAUGCUAGAAGCCCUUAGGACCUUCAACGCAGGAAGUUUGAAAAUCAUGGCUCAGGUGAAUCUUCCCACCACAGCGCUGUUGUCUCAUUUGCUUUUGGGCCGAAGAUACACUACACAGCAGUGGGCGGCCAUCGCUCUAGUUGGAGCAGCUGUCGCUGCCUUCGCGCAAGUUCGUCUUCUGUAUUUCCGGCCGCCAUAUUGGAGUCAAGGACAUUUUCUUCGGCCAAACCUUGGCAUUCUGAGCCUCAUUUCCAGUAUUUUCCUAUCUUGCUCAGCUUCCAUCCUGGCCGAGAGGUUUCUUACGCGUGGUGAUCGUGUGCCUUUCUACAUCCAGAAGACAAACAUUAUGCUUGGGGAACUGGUGACAUCCUUUUUCUUGACUGCCGUGUACUUGGACUUCUUAGCAGACUCACAAGGAGUCACUGAACACUGCAGCUGGGACCAGGUUGCAGACUAUCGCAACCUUCUCGUGGUUGUGGUCUGGGCAGUUCAUGGUUGGAUGGCUGGGCUGUUGGUGAAGGAGUGCUCUGCUUUCGCGAAGAAUGUAUGCCACAUGCUGUCUGCAUCAGUCAUGUACUUUUUUCCCAUUGUCUUCAUUGCUGGUCCCGUGAACAAUGGCCCGGUGACUGCAUGUGCAUUGCUGGUCUUGAUUGCCAUCCUUGUGUGGGCUUUGGCACCAUCACGGCAGCGCGCGGAGGAAUCCAGGUUACAUCACGGAGUACAGUUCGAGCAAAAAUCACCUGGUCAGCUACAAAGACCCUUCCUGCGCAAGGUUCAGUCGAUGGAACAGGUGGCUGCUAUGAAAGCUGCAAUUGAAGGUGACCAUGACCGCUUUCCUCAUCUGGAGAUUCUGGUUUUGAGUUUCAUUGCAUUGGACGCAACGAAGCCCUUCUUUGUCACAUGGGCGCACGCAAACAAGGCUCCGGAAGAAGCAUUUAACAACAUCACCCUGGUGUUGGUGCAGACAUCUCUAUCAGUGGGAGUAGGUCUUCUUGUGGCCAUGGCGCCCUCUUGGAACAGAAUGAAGGCGCAACUGCAACUACACUCGGACUGGCGAUUGCGCGUUUGGAGAUGUUUAGAUCCGAAGGCAGUUCAAAGGCAACUGCCAGUCAGCUUUUGCUUGGUCAUGAGCAAGCUUUGCCUUAUCAUGGCUCUGGAGAAGCUUGACGCGGGAUCUGUUCGGGUGCUUUGCCAGUCCAGUUUGCCAGUGGUUGGCGUUUGCGGAGCUUUGCUCUUCAGGCGUCGCUACUCGGCCAUGCAGUGGUGUUCCCUGGCUGGUGUCACAGUAGCGCUCGGUUGCUUUUACUACGUCAAGCACCAGGUGGUUCAGCGUGCGAGAUUGUCUUCUCACACUGAGGUGUCGGCCCAUCACAGUCAGAGGCCAGAGAUGCAUUUGGACUUUGACACCGCUGCAGGAAGCUUGCUCACCUUGGCGUCCAUCGGUUGGGUGUCCCGAAAGUCGAAAGUCUCUGCGAAUUCUCAUGGUAGAAAAUGGUUUUCUGUUUUGGAGUAG